AUGUCUCCCGACGCCGAAGAUGCAUCUCCUUCAUCACCUGGUGUAGAGUACGAGUCCGGCAACAUGGCAGAGGAAAAGAUCGAACGCGCCUCCACCGACGAGAAGUCGCCUGCACACGCCAACGGCAGCAAUGCACAGCCCGCCAAAAGCAAUGCCAAAGAUCCAUCGCGCCCGCGACGCAAGAAAGCCCGCCGCGCUUGCUUUGCUUGUCAGCGUGCCCAUCUCACUUGUGGCGACGAACGCCCGUGUCUCAGAUGCAUCAAGCGUGGUCUGCAAGAUCAAUGCCACGAUGGCGUCCGUAAGAAGGCAAAGUAUCUUCAUGAUGCUCCGGCCGAGGCACUCAUACCCGGCUUUCCCAACAACAACUAUGCAAUGAACCGGCCAGGAAGCAUGCAAGGACCGCCUACACCGAAUGGCAUGGCGGUGCCGGCGUCCCAAAGCGCUUCCUUCUUUCCACAGACAUCGCCUGCUGGCUUCGUACAGUACGGUCAGCCGCCCCAACAAGGCCACAUGGGCCCUCCGAUGAUUGAUAGCAAUGGACUGGCGCCUGAGUUCACCAACCAGGCGGUGGAAACCCCCUCUCAUUACCAGGCAACGCCGAGCCAGCAGACAUCUCCCACGCAGGAGCUGACCGGUACGCUUGACCAGACUCCGCCGAUCGGCGUAACGGGCAAUGCAUCCUUUGACGCUACCUACUUUGACUCGAACGAUCCAUCUCUGUUCAACUUUAACAUCUCCGAGCUAAACUUUGGCAAUCACUAUGGCGCGCUGGAAUUCGGCAUGCUCGGUCACAUUUCUUCUGGCGCAGUGAAUACGCCAGAAUUGGAUGGCAUGAACUCUAUGGGUCAUGCUAACCAGGGAAGCGUGUCUUACGACGGGACUGGCUCGAAUCCCGCCGGAUUCAAUGGCUACGGGCAGCAAACAUUCCCUUCCUGGCAGGGUGCGCCAAACGCAGGCUCCAGACACAGCAGCAACGCCACCAAUAUCUGGGCCACGCAGAACUACGGCAUGGACGCCUAUGCUAUAGGAGAGCCAGCGCCUUCUUUGACCGGUGCGAGCCCACAUUCCCAACCUCAAGACUUCGCCGGCUACCAGUCGGCCACCAUGUCGUCGCCAGAAACCCAAUUUGGUCAGCCGGAACAGACCCAACCCUCGGAUCUCUUGCGGCACAGUUUGUCUCAAGCGCAGCAACAAUCUCGCAAACAAGCACCGUUCCCAGUCGAUUCUCUCUCAGAUCCCAAUCGCAGCACGCGAAGACGGGACACCUCGGAGAUCUACAAAUCUGUAACAGCUCCCUAUUCAUACACGGCUGGAUUCCACGCUCUCACGGCUUUCCUCCAACGACAUUUUCCCACGAAAAAGGUGCUGCGCAUCGCAAAGGCGCUUGCGACCAUCAGACCCUCGUUCAUCUCAUGCAACCAAAAGCUGUGCCACGACGACCUCAUUUUUAUGGAGAAGUGCUUCCAACGAACGCUGUAUGAGCAAGCAGAUUUUGCCAAUAACUACGGAACACCCACCCUCAUCUGUCGCCGUACAGGUGAGAUUGCAUWUGUGAGCAAGGAGUUUUGCCUCGUCACUGGAUGGAAACGUGAUGUACUGCUCGGUAAGGAACCAAAUCUUAACAUCAACAAAGGCGGCACCGACUCUGGAACUCAAACGGGCACGAGCUCUCGGGGAGCUGUGACUCCAAGAAACCCCAAUGUCGGAAUGGAUCCAGGCCGACCGCAGCCUGUAUUCCUCGCCGAGCUCAUGGACGAGGACAGCGUCGUACAAUUCUAUGAAGACUUCGCCAAAUUGGCCUUUGGGGCAGCUCGCAAUAGCGUCAUCGGAGGGCCACCAUGUUCACUCCUCAAGUACAGGACUGAGGACUAUUCUGGCUGGGCAACAGGCGAUCAGUUCACGGACGAUGGCAAGCGCAUCAAAAAGCUGGGUGAGAUCAAGACCGAGCUCUCUAUGAGAGCUGAAGCCGGUAUGAGUGCCCUUGGUGAGAGCAACGGCCGCGUGGACUGCCAAUUGUGCUGGAUGSUCAAGCAGGACAUGUUUAAUAUCCCGAUGUUGAUUGUCAUUAAUUUCCUGCCAUUGAUUUAA